AUGGCGCUGUUUAACAUGAUUGACAACCCCUUUAAGUGUUUAUUUGCACACAGUAAUGGUUUUUGCCCUUGCACAGGCUCAAUAUUUCAAGCGUCUGAGGAGAGAGCUGAUCGCGGGUCUGUUUAUUACACCCCAAAGGAGUCCCUUACAAAGCGAGGUCUAAGAGGAAAGGUGGACAAAUCCGCCAUUGGCACGCCAACUAACUUCAAACAUGUUACUCAUGUGGGAUUUAGUGCGGUGCCAAGUUUUGAUGCUAAUCUAGAAAUGGACCUGAAGAAGUUAUUCAACAUGGCAGGUGUCAAAAAGGAACACCUUCAAGACCCAGAAGUCUCACAUAGAAUAUUUUCUGUGCUAGAAAAGGCAGGUGGCAUGGAAGCUGUGAGGAAGCAGACUCGGAGAAUGACAUCUGUGGAAAAGCCAAGCACCUAUACUAGACUCCGUUCUCUGUCGUCUUCCAGCUUGGUCCCAACAAAAAGGCAAAACUGUCUUGAACAGGAUUCUCCCCAUGCUGCAAAAAUUGCAGCAAUUUUGGCACAUGGUUCUAGCCCAUUAUGUUACCCUCCAACUCUAAGCAAAGUGCCACCACCCAUGGAAACUCCUCCACCUUCUAGCCACUUCCCAUCAAUGAGGCCUCUUCCUCCAUAUUUGGAGGAGUUGUCGCAAAGUUUUUCUCCAGCAGAUAACCUUUCUGUGUCUCAUCAGUCAAAGAAAGGAUCUUUCCCUCCACAAUCCCUUUCUGCUAAAACUCCCAUGAAGAUGCCACCCACUUUGCUUCCAGUUUCAAAAAGCCUUCCUUUAGAAACUUUUGGCCCUCUUCCACAACCCGUACCAGACUAUUCCUGUGCUGACUCUACAACAAAUGUGGUCUCCUCCUCCCCUCAAUCACUUAGUUUCAGUGGCUCUUCAGAUAAAAUCAAUUGCAUACCCGCCCACUUAACUUCAUCUAUCCCAUGCAUUGAGCCGCCCAUUAAAUUUGGAGAUGUUCCGUCAUCUCCACCUCUUCCACUAUUUGAUAAACCUAAUUCAGAAAUAAUUACCUCCUAUGAUCCCAAAGAAUGUCUGCUAAACACAGAGCUUGUCUCUUCUGCUAUUCCACCGCCUCCACCACCUCCCCUGCCACUGUCCAGAAAUGAACGGGAGCUCAGAUCCAUUGAAGUCAAGAAAAACAGUAACCCUGCAUCCAAAGUACCAGAAAACAUGGUUUCCAGUAAUGAACCUGAGCAACAGAUUAAUCUUGCUAUGUACUUGGACCAGAUCAAGCAGGGCGUCCAGCUGAAAUCUGUGACAAAAACUGUGAAGGUUGGAAAUGCAGAAUGUUCUAACCUUGUCAUAGCAUUAAUGGAUGUCCUAAAAAGAAGGCACAAGGCUAUACAAUCGUCAGAUGAAGAUGAUGUGGAGGAAGAGGAAUGGGAAGACUAAGGUUUUACUGUAGAAUAAAAUCAAUAACUGCCUGAAUGGGAUGUUAAAAAUUAAAAACACAAAUCUAUACAAAACAUAAAUUACAUGCAAACAUCCUCUAAGUUGGGCAUGCUCAACCUGCGGCCCUCCCGCUGUUACAAAACUACAACUCCCAUCAUUCCCUGACAGCCUACAGAAGAGCAUUGUGGGAGUUGUAGUUUUACAACAGCUGGAGGGCCGCAGGUUGAGCAUGCCUGCUCUAAGUCAUAAGCCAGGCAGAUGGGACAAGUUCCUGUUGCUCGGUAGUGGGCAGGAUAAAUUGCUCCUCCGGUUGUCUGAGCGCGUAUGGUUAAAGAUGACUUCACUAUCAAUAUCACCAGUGCUAGUGAAAAGUGCACCAGACGCAGCCCACACUCAGUCCCAGAGAAAAUGGCUUUGACUAGUUUCACGUUAAAGCUAGAGAUCUAGCCUGCCAGAUCUCUCUGCGUUCUGGAAGCUUGAAUGUCGUGGUCCAGCCGCACUAACUAUAAUGGGGACUAGCGGACAUCAGGCCGCAACCCGGCAAAUAUGAUGAGACUCGGCCAGAAGAAAACUGCUGCUUAUAUUUAACCUUCCCAUUCAGGCAGUGAUUGGUUUAAUUAGAG